UUGGCUUGGACUCUGGAAAGCCCGCCAGAGCCGGGGUGCUGCCCAGGCUGAAAGAGGCCCUGGACCUGCUCUACACAGGCAGGGGUCUGCACCCCAGAGAGCUUCUGAGGACACCCACCCUGCUACCCCCAAGCCCCCAGCCCCCUAGGGUCUAAACCUGCCUGUCCAGCCCAGGGAAGGGCUCCAAGAAGCCUCUCCCAACCUUGAAAUCCAGGUCAAUCCAAGUGCUGAUGAGAGAACACAGAAGUAACAGUAAAGUGCCAUUCACUGUCCCGGCCUGUUUGUGUAGGCUGCUGGGCCAAAGCAGCAAACACAGCACAUCCGGGAGCCUCCCCCACAAGCCUCUGGGGAUUCACCCAGGAAGAGCCCCCACUGCCCAGCUCCUUCCUUCCCAACCCCCUGGUGGCCCCUGGCUCCUUCCUUCUGGAUGGGGGCCCACAGGAACUAGGAGCAUAUAAGGGGCAGAGGAAGGACACCCAGGCUCCAGGAGACUUACCAGCCAGAGCCCUGAGCACCAACUAGAAGCCAUGCUGCUGUUGCUGAUCCUCGCCCUCCUAGGGAGCCCGGCCUGCUGGGCUGAUUAUAUAUCUGAGAUGUACGGGUCCAGGAAGGGCACGUUUUUCUGUUCCUCUGAGUACAAUGGAGAAGCCGUCAAGGGAAUUCGGGUGUCUACAAAUGGCCUUGGCAUCAUUUUAAACAUCCAGUUGCAGCUUGGAGACUUCUGGGAUGCUGUCCAAGGCAUUCCAGGUGGGAGGUCUCAGGAACUGAUUCUGGGCCCGGACGAAUACAUCACAGAGAUCCACGGCACAUUCUUACUCAACCUCAAGCAACUGAUUGUGUGCACCAGCCGGCCACGUUGUGCCUCGUUUGGGAAGAGAGUUGGCCAGGAGUUCUCGGGCUUCCCCAAAGAAGAAGGCGAGGUGCUCAAGGGCAUCUGUGGUGUACGUGGUGUCUUUGGCAUCAGGGGCAUUUCCCUUAAGUGGGGUCAGGCACCAACAAUGUUAGAUACACAAGGAUCCGGCUACCCUGAUUGGAUCCCUGCGGAUGCACAGAGUCAGUAUGGACCUGAAAAGUAAAUUUACCAAUCAAUAAACUUCUGCAAUAACAGAAUACAUCCAGGCUUGGUCUUUGGGUUUGAGGAACCAAAGUCCCCAGGGCUGGAGCCCAGUGAGUGGAGAUGAGGGGUGAGCCCAUCCAGCUUACCUCCACUGACCAGGGCCAGUGGCAGGCUUCUCUGAGUGAGCAGGGGCAGGGAUGCCAUUUGUUCAUUCAUGUGUUCGUAAAGCAAGCUUUUGCCAGCUCUGGUCCACACCAGCUCCCCCUGGGAGAGAAGAAAGAAACUGAGAAGGACUAGUAACAUCCAGCUGAGGAACUGGCUGCUCCAAUGGGACAGAUGCAUAGGCAGAUGGUGGCAAUGUGUUGGGGCAUCUGCACUGAUGGGGACGCUGGCAGGUGGUUAGGCAUAGGCAACUGCCCAAAGGUGAGGUGGUGAAGGCGAUCCCCCACUCACUGUCUUGACAGGGUCACAGUGAGAAUAAGCGCUGGCAAAGCCGCUCUCCCACUGUCUUGACAGGGUCACAGUGAGGAUGAAUGCUGGCAAGGCCACGCUGGUUGGUGGGAAACCAAAACCAUGAGACCCUUUUUUAUAUAAUUGGGACUUUUCAUUUUCAUGCUUAUGUUUCUGACAGGAGGCAUGAGUAUGUUAAAUGCCAAACAAAUUAAAUUUCAGAUGGCUAGAACAUAGCAGGUAGUUCAUGCCUUGGAGGCUGUUCUACUACCCCUCAGCACAUCAGUACAUUGAGGACAAAUCUGAUAAUGGACAACAAUCAUUUUCUGAAAGGUCAUGAGAAUUUUAGGCACCACAUUGAUUAUAUCAAAUAGAACCCAAGCUCAUAUUUCCUGCCUCUUAGAAAACCUAAUUAUUAUGCUUAUUUUACAAAGCCCACCAUAGGUAGCCUCAUUCUUGAUUGAGGAAAGUUAUAUUAUACACUUAGGAAAGUUAAAACAUAUAAAGAUAUAUUCUUCUCUUUUUAUAAACCCUUUUUACUUUACAUAGGAAUUUAUGAUGAGCAUAGUUAAUAUUGGUGGAAAGUGGACUGAUGUUUAGAACUUACUUUCUAUUGAGAAAGAUUAUAAAGAUAUGAGAACUAGUGCACCUUGACUGAGAAACAAAGAAACUCUUUGAGAAAGCAGCUCAACCAGUUUUAUGAGAAUAAAUUUAGGAAUUAAUUAAAGUAGCUUUAUAAGAUGUAUUUUUAGAAUAAUGUUAGAAAUAUUAUCCUAUUUAGAUUUUUGGAUUUAGAAAUUCUUAAGUUUUUAGUUGUAUGGGUUUCUGAUAUGUUUUAAGAAUGAUUUAUAUUUUAAGUAUAAGAUUUAAGGGGACUUUUUUAGAUGGGAAUUUUAGAUUAGAAAUAAAGUAAAGGUGUACUUUAAACUUAAAGGUUAAUGAUUGGUUAGGAGACUUAGAGUCUGGUUACGUAGUUUGGCAUUAGUUAAUAAGAAAAUCGCAUAUCUUGGGGAAAAUAGUAAAUCUUGGGAAAAUCUGAAAAAUGUAAAUUAGUGAUGCAUUUUAUUAAUGAUUCUGUACUUUUAAUAAUUAAGUAACUAAAGGUCAUAUCCUGGAAAAAGGUAAAUUAAUGUUACAUUUUUUGUACCCCUAAUUAUGGUUAAGGAAAUGUCAUGUCUUGGCAAAAGUUUUAAAUUGUAUAAUCAGUGACGUAUUCUGAAUCUAUAAUGAUGAGAAAAAAUGCAAUAAAAGAUGACCCAGAGAAAGCUGCAUUAGAGCUCUCUCUCUGGAGGUUGCUCCAGCAGAACGACUCCUGUCUCAUCUUUUCACCGACGCCACUCAUCCUUCAGGACUCCCUGGACCCCGCUAGGGCAGGACCCUGGCAGUGAGGUGGUGGCAUUGCUUCAAGGAUCGCUUCCUGGAGGAGGCAGGAUCUAGGAAAUCUUAAAGGAUGAGGGAGAAUCGACCAGUGGACAAAGUGAGGAGAGCACCUCAGGCUCAGAAAUAAACUCAGCUAAAGGCAAGAAGAGCCAGAGAAAGCUGAGGACAGGGCUCUGCUGCAUGCCCUGCUCAAAGCAACUCACGGACAAGAUGUCCAUCUCUCUGGGUGCAAAAUGGGGAAACUGAGGCAUGGGGCACAGAGUAACUUGACCUGGCUCACAUGGCACAGAGUGGCAGAGUUAGGGCCCAGCUGCAGAGUCUGGACCCUGAACCCUGGGAUUUCACAAAAUCCUAAGUGUUCUGCAUAAGAUCCACUCUGAUACUGUUCUCUACUUUCAUUUUUAUUUAAUUGAAAAUGCUUCUCGAGAGCCCGGUAACCUCAGGGAACCCAGGAAUGGGGUAGAGUGGGGGUGUCUUUAUUUGUAUUGCUCUCCAUUGGAUAGUUUGUGUUCCCCUCUGUAUGAACCUGAUGUGACAUGACACCUGUGAAUUUGCCACGCCAGUUACAGUUAUCACAGGCACCUCAAAAUUCACAGCCAUCAGUGUUUGGAAAUUAUGGUUGUCACCAGCCUUGCCACUGAGCGCAGGUAUUUAUGAAACCCAUUUAAGACAAUAUUCUGGCAAGUGCAGAUGCAGUUGCCUUGUAAGGGAGAUCGGUGCCUUUUUUUUUUUUCCCUUCGUGGGGAAAGAGAAGCUACUGGGGUCGGCUGGGGACCUCCCACCUCACCUUCCCUGUGGUUCCACCAUCCUGGGCAGCCAGUCCUGUCACUUAAUUUAUUUCCUGCAACCGGCUUCUAAAAGGGGAAUUGGUUUUCAGCA